AUGUCUCCACCGACCCUCACGACCAUCCCGUCCGAACUUCGCCAUCAAAUCCUACGCGAAACGCUGUCUCUCCGAAUCCACUGGUAUGGCUGGUACGCCGUCACCCCUUUCACAGGCGUUUGCAAGCAAUUCGAAGCCGACAUCGCCGAGACACUCAAGAGCUGGCUACCGACAGAAGAAACCGAUGUCCUCGUCACCUGCGAAGCCGCCCUCGAACAGCUCAAGUCUGCGCGUAAGCACUUCCACCAGCUCGCAGCCGACUCAAAGCGCUCGUGGUCCUCUGAAUCGCUCCGAACAGUCCGCAUUAACGCUCUACUCCCGAAGUUCGAGGAUUGGAACAGCCUCCCCGGAUAUGUCUUCAAAGGCAUGAUGGAACUUGUGAGGCGGUUAGAAGAUACGCACGCCAAGCUCACAAAAUUCCCCUACAAGCUCAAGCAUGUCAAGCUCGACCUCACGAUUCCCCCGGAGCCCCUGCACAUCUUUGAGAACUGUUGGGACGGCAGAGAGCACACGUUCGGCGGGCACUUCGACCACGGCUGGAAGUACCAGAAGAUCGUGUGGACGUAUGUCUUGGAGAGGCUGAGGGGCUGGGACAAUGUGCGCAGCAAGUGCAAGAACGGCAAGCAGCAGUACUUCUUCAAGAGAUCUAGGCUGGGUGUGGAGAUUGUGGGAACGUUGCCGCCGAGCCAGCUGGAAGUGGUGGCAUAUGGCAUCGACUGCGAGACCUUCGAGUGGUUGAGAGGUGACACUGCGGCCCAUCAAGACGCCGCAACUCAGGGAAGCCCUACUUUCUUGCAGAAAUUCUUGAAAGAAGCGAUUGAGAUACGAGGUGCGACGGAUUAUAUGGACACGAGGGGGUCAAUGCGUGCGUCGUUGAUGAUCAAAAGAAGGGAACAAUGGGCCCAAAUACGAGCGGAAGAAGAGGAAGAAGAGGGCUGA